UGUAAAACGUGAUCCUACCGAUAAUAUCAUUCCACGUUUAGUUCAAUUCAGUCCUAACAUUCUCAAACCCCACAUUCCCAUGCACAACAACAGUGCUUCAUAUUCAUUAUCGAAAAUGAAGCAGGUACCAUAUGUUCUAAACUCGUUCUAUUUAUACGGCUCCCCCAGAUACCAAAAAAAAUAAAAAAAUUACCCAGAUAAGAGACAAAGAAAGAAAAAGAAAAUGUUAGUAACUGCUAGUUUAUGCAUUGGUACCUUAAUUAUCAUACGCAUAACUCACUGGGUUUAUAGAUGGAGAAAUCCCAGAUGCAAUGGGAAACUUCCUCCCGGUUCUAUGGGCUUCCCACUUAUAGGCGAAACUCAUCAGUUCUUCUCACCAACUGCUUCAUCCGAUCUUCCUCCUUUCAUGAAAGAUAGGAUGGAAAGGUAAAGUUAAGAAAACAGUUCACUCGAGAUAAGGAGAGGAGGUUUUGCCUCUUAACGAUCUUUAAAAGGAGUAAAUGUGAACAUGAUUUUUAUUUAUUCGUUGUGUUACAGUCCUAUGCUCAUUUAGUCACUUUAAGUAUCCUGCUAUACAUCUCCCUGCCGUAUUACACCAUCUAAACUAGUUGUCAACUUUGCUAACAAAUAGAUAUCCAUACUUCAUUCAUUGGAUAUAAUAUGUAUAGUGCUGAUAUUGCUGAAUGCUAUGUUGCUUUUCGGAUGUGGUCCUGUUUUUAAAACUACUCUGGUUAUGCAAUCUUUCAUCGUAUCAACAGACCCUGAAGUCAAUCACAUGAUCCUGUCCCAGAAGGAAGGCCAAUCAUUUGAAGUUUGGUAUCCUGAUACUUUUAAAAAAAUAUUAGGGCAAGAAAGUUUAGUUACAUUGCAAGGGUCCAUUCAUAAGUACAUGAGGAACAUGGUUUUGAGUUUUGUUGGUCCUGAAAGUCUGAAACAAAAGCUUCUCCCUCAUGUAGUACAUGGGGUACAAAGAAAUUUAUCGUUGUGGGCUAAUCAAGAUACCGUAGAUUUGAUAGAAUCAGUGAAGGAGAUGAUAUUUGAACUGACUGCAAAGAAACUCAUCAGCUACGAAUAUAAUCCUAAAAAGCCCUCGGAGAAUCUAAGAGGUUGUUUUUCUGCAUUCACUGAAGGAUUAAUUUCUUUCCCACUCGACAUUCCUGGGACCGCGUACCACAAAUGCUUACAGGGCCGUAAGCAAACAAUGGAGAUUUUGAAAGAUAUGCUACAAGAGAGACGAAAAAAACCUAAAAGUUGCCAGGAAGAUUUCUUUGAUUAUGUCCUAGAUGAACUGAAGACUGAAGGAACUGUGCUAACCGAAGCAAUUGGUUUAGACUUAAUAUUUUUGCUUCUCUUUGCCAGCUUUGAGACGACAUCUCUAUCAACAACUUUUGCUAUUAAGUUACUCACAGAGAACCCUGCAGUUCUGGAGGAAUUAACGGCAGAACAUGAAGCACUCAUCCGCAGCAGAAAAAACGAAGAUGCACAACUAACAUGGAAAGAAUACAAAUCGAUGAAAUUCACAACUCAGGUUAUCGAUGAGGCAGUGAGAUAAGCAAAUAUUGUUCCUGGAGUUUUCAGAAAAGCAUUGAAAGAUAUACAUAUAAAAGGAUACACGAUACUAGCAGGGUGGGCUGUCAUGUUAUGCAUUCCGUCAGCACAUCUGAAUCCUUCCACGUACCAAGAUCCCCUUGAGUUCAAUCCACAUAGAUGGGAUGGAGUGGAGUUAAAUGGAGCAACAAAAGAUUUCAUGGCUUUUGGUGCUGGUCAGAGAUUUUGUUUUGGCACAGACUUUGCCAAGCUACAGAUGGCUGUUUUUCUUCACUACUUGGUUACAAAUUACAGGUGGAAAACAAUUAAAGGAGGAGAUAUUGCCCGAGUUCCUGGCGUGACAUUUCCAAAUGGCUUUCACGUUAAAAUCUCAGAAAUGAACACCUGAAAGGAUGUAUGCUUACUAUGCUUAUUCGUUGAAGCAGUUCAGGAUUGUGCCCAUGGAAGAAGUGUGUUUGUUUUGCAAUUCUAAUUUUAUUUCAACUACAUGCAGUACAAAGUUUGUGGCUAGUGGUUAUAACAGUUUUCUCUUGUAAUCGUACGUGUGUAUUCUCUAUUAAAGGUAAUAAGUGUGCUGUGGGCAUAUGUCCCAUGUUUGUAAGAAUAAGUGAAUGUGCUGGUAAAGCACUUGUCGUGUGUGUAUAAAUAGUGUGUGGUUGGUAUCAUGAGGGUGAAAGCUUCACAGCGAAUGAUCCUUUAAUGAAGUCUUCGUCUC